AUGAAGUUAAUUCUUUGGAAUAGUCGUGGUACUUGUAGACCGUCUUUUGUUCGUGUGGCUAGAGAUAUUAUUAGAGAACAUCAUCCUGUAAUUUUGGCAAUAGUUGAAACUAGGGCUUUUGCUGAUAGAGCAAAUCAGAUUGUUAAUAAGUUAGGGUUUAGUAAAGCCUUUGUUGUUGAUCCAGUUGGUUUUUCAGGCAACAUUUAUGGGCUGAACUUGAGGCUGUUUCUUGUGUCUGGGUUUGGUUGGUUAACUUUAGGAGAUUUUAACUCUGGUUUGCAUCAUACUGAUAAGGUUGGAGGUAGCCCUUUGUCACUUUCUCAGUCGCAAGAAUUAUCUACAGUGUUCAACCAUUGUGGGUUGCUUGAUUUGGCUGCUUCAGGUCCGAGGGCUAUUUUAGUUGAUUUUAAUUCAGCGAAACCUAAAUUUGUCCCUAGACCUUUUAGAUUAGAAGCUAUUUGGCUUGAGGAUCCUCGUUUUGAAUAUGUUGUUUCCCAAUGCUGGUCUUCCUUAUUUGAUACUCUUGUUAACCAUACCAUUUUUGAUAGGUUUGUCUCUCUGCAAAAGCAUGCUCUUGUUUGGAAUAAGAUUGUUUUUGGUCAACUUAGAAGUAAUAUUCAAAAAUGUAAAACUGAUUAUGUUCUCUUUGUCUUUAAUAAAGAUGUUGUUAAUUCCUGUACUAAAUCUUAUUUGGAUGCUUUGCAACUGGAGGAAAUUUUCUGGCAUCAAAAAUCUCGUGUUAAAUGGAUAAAGUGUGGUGACUUGAAUACUCAUUUCUUUCACAUUACCACUUUAGUUCAUAGACAUAGAAAUCAAAUUCUUAGGCUUAAAAAUGAUGAUGGUGUUUGGGUUUCAGGUCAAAGUGGUGUGUCUUCUGUUCUUGUUGAUUUUUUUAAAUCUCUUUUUUCCUCUGCUAGUCCUUCUCCUUGUUCUUUAUCCAUGCUUAAGCCUUUGAUAAAUCGGUUUAUUACUUCUGAUAUGAAUACCUCUUUGAUUGCUCCUGUUACUGAUUCAUAA